UCUCUCUCUUUCUCUCUCUCUCUCAGUGCGUGUGUGUGUCAGUGUGUGUCUGUCUCAUGAACGGAACUGACCGCUGCUGUAUCUUUGAGUUCAUUCACCAGCAGACAACAGGACUAAAUCACAAUCGAUCUGGAUUUAUUUUCCUCACGUCCGCGCUUGAAUGAGGUUUAGCGGUUCAAACAGGAUUCAGAGAUUCAGCGUGCGGAUCUCAUCAGAUUCCCUCCCGGCAGAUCAUAUGCUCGUCGACCUGCGGAUCGAAGCGCCAGGAGAGUUUGAGAGUAUCGAGUUUUAUCCGUUCUGUGUCUGUCUGGAACAUGGCACAUAGAAUGCGGAACGGACUGUGACUGCUGAUUCCUCCAGCAGCAGAGACACACACUGCCGAGAGUCGAUUCUGGGAAAGUCGUCUAUCCACUGGACGUUUUCUGGCCGGUUCGUCUUACCAAGAUAUCACACGUACGCCAGUCUGAAGAGACGCUAAAGCCAUAUUUGUUUAUUUGACUUCCCCCUCUCUCUACCCAUCCAUCUGGAUACGUUUCUUCCCUUCCCCAUCCCACAUUCAUCAUUCUCUCCCGUGACAUCAUGUGGAGUUUUCAGAACUUGCUUUCUCUGCUUACUUUGCUUCCCUGGGCCUGCAGUCACAGUCCGAACCCAUUCGCCGGGCCUCAAGUGACACCGACGGACCCCUGCUACGACGAGACGGGCGCCGCCCGCCGAUGCAUCCCAGAGUUCAUCAAUGCAGCGUUCGGCCAGGAGGUCAGCGUAUCGAGCGUAUGCGGCCGGCCGCCCUCUCGCUCCUGCAGUUUAGUAGAACGUGACGACCGUCCUGCUGUGCGCACGUGCCAGGUCUGCGAUGCGUCGGACCCUCGCCACGCCCACCCUGCCACCUACCUCACCGACUUAAACUCCGCCCACAACCUCACCUGCUGGCAGUCGGAGAACCUGCAGGGCUCGCCGCUCAACGUGACGCUUACGCUGUCGCUCGGCAAGAAGUUCGAGAUCACAUACGUCAGCCUGCAGUUCUGUUCCCCACGACCGGAAUCCUUGGCCAUUUAUAAGAGCAUGGACUACGGGCGCACUUGGACACCCUACCAGUUCUACUCGUCGCAGUGCCGUCGCAUGUACAACCGACCCAACAAAGCGGCGAUUACCAAGCAGAACGAGCAGGAAGCUUUAUGCACGGACGGACAUACCGAUCUCUACCCGCUUUCUGGUGGCCUCAUCGCGUUCAGCACACUAGACGGACGCCCUUCGGGCAAAGACUUCGACUCGAGUCCUGUUCUACAGGACUGGGUGACGGUCACCGACAUUCGGGUGGUCUUCAGUCGCCCGCAGCACCUUAGAGCGCUGCCCAUGUCAGGACGUGAAAGCGAAGACCCGCUCGGGCCGCCUGGAACGCUGCCUACUUAUUACUACGCGGUCGGCGACUUCCAAGUGGGUGGGAGGUGUAAAUGUAACGGCCACGCCUCCCGGUGUGUGCGAGAAAAGGAAGGGAAACUGGUGUGCGAAUGCAAACACAACACGGAGGGUCCGGAGUGUGACCGCUGCAAACCGUUUCACUACGACCGGCCCUGGCAACGCGCGACGGCGAAAGAAGCCAACGAGUGCUUGCCGUGUAAUUGCAACCUGCACGCGCGGCGCUGUCGCUUUAACAUGGAGUUGUAUAAGCUGUCGGGCCGUAGGAGUGGAGGAGUGUGUAUGAACUGCAGACACAACACCGCCGGACGCCACUGCCAUUACUGCAAAGAGGGAUUCUACAGAGACAUGGGCAAACCCAUCACACACCGCCGAGCCUGCAAAGCAUGUGACUGCCAUCCGGUGGGAGCUGCAGGUAAAACGUGUAACCAGACGACGGGUCAGUGCCCGUGUAAAGACGGGGUGACUGGCAUCACAUGCAAUCGCUGCGCUAAAGGGUAUCAGCAGAGCCGAUCGCCCGUCGCCCCGUGCAUUAAAAUCCCUGUUAUAAAGCCGACGGCUGUGAUCAGCACUACAGAGGAGCCUGCAGAUUGUGACUCAUACUGCAAACCACUGAAGGGAAAUCUCAAGAUAAACAUGAAGAAAUACUGCAAAAAGGACUAUGCUGUCCAGGUCAGCGUGUUGGACAUGGAGACCGUCGGCGACUGGGCCAAAUUUGCCGUCAGCCUGGUGUCCGUGUACAAGAGCCGAGGAGAGCCGCUGAAGAGAGGCGAUCACGUGCUGUGGGUCCAUAUGAAGGAUCUGGCCUGCAAAUGUCCGCGGAUACACAUGGGCAAACGCUUCCUUAUCCUGGGCACAAGCGAGGGCGCCGCGAGCCCCGAACGUCCGGGACUGCUGGCCGACAAAAACAGCCUGGUCAUUCAGUGGAGGGACAUUUGGACUCGACGACUGCGCAAGUUCCAGCGCAAAGAGAAGAAAGGCAAGUGCGGCAAAGCAUGAUGGGAUGGCAGGGAACUCUUUUAUUAUUGACCACUGUCCUGCGUACGCGGGAGACUGAGAGAGCGAACUCUGCGUAUUGUUGUUUUCAGUGCGUUAUUUGAUGUCGUCCUGUUGGUCAGCCUUCUAAAGGGACCGAUAAAAAGACUGUUUCUAAUCACACACCACUGAAUCUCACACACACACGUGCUGCAGUUUGACUGAGCUACACAUGGACUGAUUCCAUUUCCUCUCCAAGCCACAAUUUAAUCAAUCAAAUAUGAAAUACGUCCUCAAAUUACAAAUCAGGGGAACCAUUCUGUCCGCAUCUGGUUCGGUUCUUCCAGCCUUUGUGGCCUUCAUCAGAUGGUCACACUGGUGUUCACCACAUGCUGCUCGCUUCAGUUCUGAAAACCUCAAAAUCUUCAUCAUCGUCAUCAUCGUCGGCCUGGAUCAUUUCACUUUUGAAGAACUUAUCAAGCGCGCUCAUAUCUGUGGGUUGUGUGCCGUACGUGUGGAUGUGUACUUUGAUGCUGAAGGAUCUAGUGCAGAAUAGAGCGAACGUCCAUUAGCAGACAUGGCGCUAGUAUGCAAAUGCACAAAUGCUUGGCAAACAUGGUUUCGUUGUGCAUUUUUAACAUGCUUUUUUGAGUUACUGUGGCAGGAACAAAUGUCUGUCAUUAAAGGGAUAGUUCACCCCAUAUUCAACCAAAAUGAAUAUUUUGUCAUAAUUUCUUUACUCUCAUGUCGUUCCAAACCCAUAGAAUGUUAUUCUAUUCUGUGGAACGCGAGAGGAAAAUUUCCCUCUUUUCCAUAUAAAAACAGUCUGUUAAGCUCCACAAGAUGACAAAAAAGCACUGUCAAAGUAAUCCAUUUAGAGACUGAAUUAAAUGCAAGCACAACUGAGAGAAGUUGAGAAGGUUAUUAGUGAAUAAUGACUUUUUAAAGACUUCAUAUGGCUUCGAAUUGUAUGGACUGCUUUUGUACUGUAGCCAAAGUUUUGAAAACAUUCUCCUUGUUUUUCAUGGAAAAUAACUAGAGUAUGAGUUUUGAAUGACAUGAGGUAAGUAAAUAAUGAUCAAAUUUUGUGUCAUCAAAUCAUUGUCAUUCCAAACCUGUAUAUAUUUUUUUCUGUGGACCACAAAUGAAGAUAUUUUGAGGAAUGCUGGUAACAAACAGUUCUGGUUCCCUUUAAUUUCCAUUGGAUGGAUAAAAAAUACAGUGGAAGUUAAUGGGAACCAAAACUGUAUGGUUACCAACAUUCUUCAAAAUAUCUUCCUUUAUGUCCCACAGAAAAAAGAAAGUUAUACAGGUCUAAAAGAUCUGAGUCAAUUAUGACAGCAUUUUCUUUUUUGGGUGAACUAUAACCAGUUGUGUUAAUAAACAUGUCAACAGUUUAACCAAACUUUUCUAACUUAAGACUGGAAUAAACUUCUCAACUCAACACAAAAUGCCUCAAAAUAUCAAAUAUGUUUCAUCUCCUCUGACAGGAUCCCAGCAGGCACUGGAUGCCAAUAUAACGUCAGGUUGAUGUCGGGCCCUAACAUCGGACAGACGUUGCAUUUUGGUUGAGUUACACAACCUAAAAACAACCAAAUAUUAACAUCAGCUGACGUCAGUAUUGGAUAUCAACUUACUGACAUUGAAUUCACAACCAAAAAGCAAAAAUCUAGGCAAAUGUAUGUGUUAGUAUGUGUUUACUCUGCCAGAUUCUCUUCAAACUGUUGCUUUGCUAUUUCAGUAGUUGAUCUGAAACAGAAAACUGACUGUAAAAGACAGUUUAUGCUAAAGCAUUACAGCGCCCCUUGUGGCAGUGAAAUGGAGUGCGUUUGCAUACUUGCGUAAAGCAUGUUUCAGGGCCAAUGCUCUGUCCUAAUGUUUCUCUCUCUCCUCUACUACUGAAUGUCUCGGUUUUUAUCUGCCGUCUGACCGUUUUAAAAGACAAGACAAAGACGAGAAUAAUGACGUGUAUUCUUCUUGUUUGCAUCUCUUACUGUGAGAAAGUGUCAAACACACAUAUACAGUGGGGUCUUAAAUGUUUGAGACCAUUUGCUUUUUCAUUUUAAUUUCAAAUGCAUUAUCUGCAUAAUAAUUUGCAUUGAAGAUUAUCACUUUAGUGAUAUUUGGUGUGUCUCUCUGCAGCAGCUGACAUGAACAACCAAGAUCACAUUCUCCAGAUAAUGGCCACAUAUAUCAGUCUGUCAUUACUAGAAAUAGUGCCAGAUUUUAUUAUCUCUUCUACAUUUUACAUCACAAUUUGGCUUUUAAUGUUUUUUUCCACUUUUAAAAAUCCUCUGUUUAUUUCUAGAGUUAAAUAAAAAUGCCAGAUUUGAAUUUUUUUAAACUUUAGGACCUCAAUGUAUCUGCAUUGUAUGAUGUACCGUAUGAUAUUGUCUGUUGUGUUGGUAAUAUUACAGAGUAAUGAAGGAAAAUCACAAUUAGAGUUUAAUUCAUGCUGACUCUGAUCAUGUCACGAUGAAUUUCAGUACAAAAACUUUGUUUUACUCUGUCUUUGCUGCAUUAAGAAGUAAACAGCCCUUCUUAUUGGUAAAAAAAACACCGCCUGGUUCCACCCUACAAACAAGUCUCAUUUUCUAAGAGAGAAUAAGUUAAAAAAAUGAAUGUUUAUUGUUAGAAUAACAGGAUUUGUAUUGUUCAAGUAUUUUAUGUUGAUAGUCUCUGUGUGUUUAUGCAAUAACUAGUCUUUUUAUGCCAAUGUUAAACUAACAGGAGAGUUAACUGAAGUAGUGUUAAAAUGCUAAUACUUUAUACAAGCGUCCAUAGAUUUACUAUGGUAAACUCUCACACACACCACGACGCACAACGACCUCAGAAUGUGCCCACUGAGUGCCAGUGACGGGACAUUUUAUGUACUUUUUAAAAAAAUUUCACAUAUCAUAUUGUUUAUCAUCCAUACUAAAUGCCGUUUCACAUACUUCACUCAAAAAUAAGCAGUAAGCAGUGUGACAACAAUCCAUUCUGAACGCUGCCAAGUGCUCUGUGUGGCACACUGUAUCCCACAAUGCAGUGCACUCAGUGUGACCUUCCAUUAGCUGUGACAAAUGCACAGGAGUUAAUAACAACAGACUUUUUGGUUAAGACCUUAUGCACAAAAUCAGGUUAAAAAUGCAAAACAAUCAAGAUGACAACAGGAUGCCCUUAGCAUGAUGAGGUCAAGUUAGAAUGUUUCUGUUUUUUAUCCAAAGUGACAAAUCUGAAUAAUACAAGCAGAAUCUAUUAACCCAAGGGAUGAAACAACCGCACCAAAUCCUAGAGUAGAAACUAGUAUGCCAUCCUGAACAUACCCUAUGUUGCAGAGAUGCCUUGACAAAGGAAAUGUCAUUUCCACCGCAAUUUCCAUUUUCAUUUUACUCCUGGAAGUGGUUUGGAUAAGACUAUAAACAUAUGAAAGCCUUCCCGCCACAUGAGCGGCGCAGAUUACCAGUUUUAAUGACCCUGAUGUCAUUAAGUAAAUGAACAAUUAUGAGAAAGACUGAAUUGUGUUUCUGGCGGGAAUCGGCAGACGUGCAGAAGGUUGCUCUGUCUGUGAUUGCUUGUGCGAAUGUAUUUGUGUCUAUAGUUGUGUGCAAAAGUUUGGGCACCAUUCCCACAUUUCAUGUUUGGGUGAUUCAGUCUGGCAUUGCAAUCCCAAAUAAGCAUGUGCGAAAUUAGCUUUGAAGAAAUGCAGUAAAUAAACAACUCGAAAAUGACCGAACCAUUUAGUCUAGCCACAGACAUUUGCACACAACUGUAUAUUUUUACAUAUCUGUGUACGAAUGAGUAUGUAUUUGUGUGUAUUCACUUCCAUUAGCCUGAAUGUGAAGUGUGCGUGUGUAUGAACAUGUACAUACAUGAGUAAAUGUGCAGAUUGAUGAACUUUAUGUGUUUCCACAUGAGGAAUAUGUUUCCUUUUUUAACGUACAAGGAGAGUUUCUCUUCUUCUCAUCAUCCGUUUUAUUUGCUGUCUCUGUAACUGCAAUGACCACUGAAUUAAUCAAAUAUACAAAUAAAUUAUUA